GAAGUGGCGCCACUGAGCAGCGCGCGCGAGGACUCGCGCUUCAAACAGAAUCCCAGCGCGUGUUUCUGCAAGAUCAUUAUCAGAAAACCUCUGCGGGACUCGACAAGCACACACACGCGCGCGCGCGCACGCACGCACGCACACGCACACGCACGCACACACACACACAGACACAGAUGGAGUCCAGAAGAGCUAGACGCUGUACCUAAGUCCGAUCGAAUUCAAAUCAAAACCGAGGAAAUACCAAAACCUGGAUAUUUUUUUAAAAUUGAAUUAUUAUUUUAUUUUUGCACGCCUGUUACUCAGGCCUGGCGCGAUCCGAUCCGAGCAGGACUUUGGAUAUUACGUGUUUUUUUUUUUUUUCUCCGCAGUGGAAAAGGAUCCACUCGGUCCACCCCCGAGUGUGUGAUUCGAGAGGGAAGAGAAGCGGUGCAGUAGGACGCUGGCGGUUUUCCCCUCUUGCAGUUGAACUCUCGAGCCAUCUCAGUGUUAAAAAAAAAAAAAAAAAAAAAAAAAGGGCAGAAAAAAACCCCCGCAGCUCGCGCAGUUUUCUGCUUCAGUCUGUUAUUUCACGCAGCAGACCCGCAUCCGCGUUUCGACUUUCAAUCCUCUCCAUCGAUCUGACCAUCGCUCAUUUUUCCCCCCUUUUCUCUUUCUUUCUUUUCUUUUUGAGCUCGUCGUUUGACGCCAUUUUCCCCUCAUAAACACCGUUUUUUUUUUUGGAUCCGAUUGCGAACUUGUCAUCGGUGAUCAGAUUCAUGUCACCGGAUGGAUUUGCAUUUAAGGACGUGACCGAGCGUGUCGGAAAUGGUCUCACGCCAGGAAAUGUAUACAUUUGCAAGAUUUGUACGAUUCAAGGAGCAAUAGAGUCAAGAUCCAUCACAUCGCCUUUCUGACUGAACACGAUCCACUGUCACUGGCACCCCCUUCGUGUCAUCUUGGCUCCCUUCUGGUUCCUACGUCUUGAACCAAGUCUUAGGAUCAUUGAUGGAGCAAAGGGACCUAACUCGCCCUUCGCGGCCCAAAGGGAACGAGGAGUUUUUCUCCACUGUGACCACCAUCAACAGGGCUGAUCUUACUGAGGUGGGCCUUCUAGCCACUCCAGUAAAGGGGCUUGGUCUGGCUGGUGAGCAGCAGGAGCAUGAGGAGGAUGAAGACCUCGGCCUGGGUAAAGACAUGGACGUCACUUCCAAUGCGGACAGCGAGAAGUGGGUGCAGGGAGACAACCUUGAGGAACAGGAGUUCUCCAUCAAAGAGGCAAGUUUCUCAGAAGGCAGCCUCAAACUGAAGAUCCAAACCACCAAGCGGGCCAAAAAGCCACCCAAGAGCCUGGAGAACUACAUCUGUCCACCCGAGAUCCGCGUCACCAUUAAGCAGCCUGGGGAGCAGAAGACAUCCAAGCAUGGCAAGACCACUAAAGGUGGAAAGGAAGAAGACAGAGGACCCCCCAGAAAAAGGACCUAUGAGAGGCCUUUCAGAGUUGUGGCUCAAAAUGACAACAACAUGAUGGAUGUCCUAGGGGAGAACCUGAGACCAAAACAUGAGCCCAAAACUGACAUUCACCAACUGGAUUGGACAAAGCCCAUUUUAAGAGAGUCAACAUCCCAGGGGGACCAAGCGAGAGAUCCGGAAUCAAAACAAGAAUCAACAUUCAAAAACAAGAACCUUCUGUCAGAGGUCAACACCCCCUUCUCAAAGACACAAGUUAAAAAGGUCACAGAAGGUUCAUCUGGAAGUCUGUUUACCUCGGAAAUGACUUGUCCAGGUUCUGACUCACAGGCUACUUCUCCAGCUGAUAUAACAAUGAGUGCACUAGCAGAAUCAAAUAUGUUGAUACACUCCUCUCUAAGCAAGGAAAGAGGUUUGCAGGAGGUCACUGAGCAAGUCUUUGGGAACAUCAAAAGGAAGUAUGGCAGAAGGGCUUUGACCACCCAUAAUGGAGACCUGCCCUGGGCAAAAAAGGCUGACAAAGAGAGUGAGAAAACAGCACAAGACAAUACAAAGAAUAAACUAUUUAACGCUGAAAAAACUGAGACUCAGAGGGAGGAGGUAGAAAAAUCAAUGAAGAGACCAGAGGAUGAUUUCAAAACAGUACCAAACUGUGUUCCUCAUCACACAGAUGAACCUAAAAGCAGAAAGAAGAAAAGCAGACGAUUAACUGAAGAUAACAACGUUCUGGAAGACAUACAAACAACACAGACAGUAGAAAUGAAAGAUAAGUCUGACCAAGGUGCUACAAAACCUAAAGUAGCAAACAAAAUGGAAUUGAGUACAGGAAAGCAAUUUGGUAUAGAUUCACAGAAGCUGGGGGAAGAGAGUGCAGCAGCAGGGCCAACUGUGGAAAUUUCUGAGAAUAGGCACAAGAAGAACCCAGUUGGGAGACCACAAUCAUUGAUUGAUCCAGAGAAGCAAGCAGAUGGGAGGCAAUCAAAGUUCAAGGACAGAUGGGUUUAUUUGAAAUCUAAGAACUCUGCUCCCCACAAAGACCUUAAUCCAGCGUUGCCCAUUGGAGAGCCACCCUCUGCUUUCCCCAUUACACCAUCCAGCCCACUAUACACCAACACAAACAGUCUGACAGUCAUUACCCCCAUAAAGAAAAAACGGGGUAGGCCUAAAAAACAACCACUACUUACUGUGGAGACAAUUCAUGAAGGAACAUCAACCAGUCCUGUAAGUCCUAUCAACCAGGAUUCACCUAGCACUUCAAAGAGGAGGAGGAAGAAACAUAAUUUGUCAAAAAUAAUGCAACAGGCCUUAAAUAAUUCUCCAGCUUUACCAGAGGUGAAAUGUAAGAGAACAGGCCAGGUUGGUAUCCUUAAAAGGAAAACAACUAAGAAAGUGAAACUGGUUAAAAUGCAGAGCAUUUUGAAUGAACUUCUGUCCUCUUCUAACACUGGUAACCUGGCUUUGAAAUCUAAUGUUCCAGUUUCCUGUGCCGUGUCAACUGUGGCAUCGACAAUUGAAGCCCGUUUAGGCAAGCAAAUCAACGUCAGCAAACGUGGAACUAUUUACAUAGGCAAAAAACGAGGGAGGAAGCCCAAAGCUGAGCUUCAGACUCAGCAAGAUGAGCACAAAGCCAAUGAUGAGCACUUGUUGCCUGUUUCAAGUCAGUUUGAGAACCUUCUAGUGCCUUCUAAUUCAUCAUCAACAACCAGAAUGCCUUCUCCCAGGGUCAUGCAGUCUCUCUCAGCUCAGUCCUUAGCAGGUGGACUAGCACACCAUGCCACCACAGAAACCAGCCAGCAUGACCUGAAGACCAUGCCAAAUCUACAGCCUAUCAGUGCUUUGCCCACAAAAACUCAGAAGGGCUUGCUCAGUAGUAGCUGGAAACUCUCUCCUCCAAGACUUAUGGCCAACUCACCAUCUCAUCUGUCUGAAGUGGCAUCUAUCAAAGAGGUCACCCUGUCUCCAGUUAGUGAGUCCCAUAGUGAAGAGACAAUCCCAAGUGAUAGUGGCAUUGGUACUGACAAUAACAGCACAUCAGAUCAGACUGAGAAAGGUCCAGCAUCUCGCAGGAGGUACUCCUUUGAUCUUUGUGGAUUUGAAGCAGCUGAGGCUGCUGUGCUGGAGGCUACCAAUAAAACAAACAGAGGGCAUUAUCAGAAGCAUGCAACAUCAGUGGCUAUGGAAAAUUUUCUUGCCCAAGAAAGCCUCAAGAAACAGAAACAUCGACGGAAGCGAAAGGGUCUAACCAGUAGGGACGAUCUUCAGUUUCUUGCUGACCUUGAGGAACUCAUUACCAAGUUCCAGGUCUUCCGAAUUUCCCACCGCAGCUACAAGUUUUACCAUGAGAACUCUUACCCCAGCAUUUUCCGCCUAAACUUUGACCACUACUACCCUAUGCCCUACUACCCCUAUGAUCCUGUGCACUAUCUUCGCAGGAGUUCUGAAAAGUCAAAGAGAAGACGUGGCAGGCCAGCCAAAUCAGCUGAACCUAUAACAAAGAUGCCUUUCAUACAAGGGUUUGGCUACUCAGCAGCCAGUGGCAAUUACUAUGCACCCUACGCAAUGCCUUACACAGCCAUGCCACUUGCCACAAGUAUGAUGAACAUGGGGUAUUAUGGGCAGUAUCCUCCUCCUUUGUAUCUGUCCCAUGCACUUGGAUCUUCAGGAACUCAUCUCAUGCGGCCUCCGGUUCCUCCACCAAAGUUCCACUCCGGUGGUUUGUCCAGCCUCUCUGCUGGCAGCAGACAUAGGAUGAAGAGCAUGCCCCAUGAGAUGUCUUCUCCCAGGAUGGGUGACACUCAUCAUCCAUCAAACAGCUGCAUGGCGAGUGUCUGUCUCCACAAACGCAAACACAAGCAUAAGCACAAACAUAAGGAGGAGCAGCACUCAGUCCCACAGAGAGAGAACCUUGGUGGACUCUUUAGUGGAGCCCUGCCUCUUUCUAAGAUAAAGGACAAGCAGAGGAGCCAGCAAAAUAUGGAUACUUCAUCCAAGACGUCCAGGAACUACUUUGAAGUAGACACACUCUCAUCGUUGUCCUUAUCGGACUCUCAGAACUGUAAACAUCCUCGAGAAGAGCCACUGAACAACUUCCUGAACAUGUGCACUAAGCAACCACAUGAACGGCUGCGAGCCAACCAGGACCAGCCACUGGACCCAUUCAAGGGCCAGCACUUACAAGAUGAGGGUUCUCACGUCCGGAGUAGGAGGAAUAGCUUGGAAGAGUUUGCAACAUACAAUGAGGGGAGCAUGGCACCUUUUCAGAACAACACUGAAGAGAGGAUGAAGCAGAUGUACCAUUGUGGCAACACAGCCAUCACAGAACUGGGCUCCUACAAGAAGAGGUACACGCUGCAGGAGAUUGAGGAGAUGCAGAGCGAUGUGCGGAAAAAACACGCAUUCUCCAAGAUCCUCACCAGCAAGAGAAGCCUAGACCACGUCAACAAGAUCCUGAAGGUCAAGCGGCUCCAGCGGCAGGCCAAGACGGGCAACAAUGUGGUGAAGCGGCGGAGGGGGAGACCGCGAAAGCAGACACUUGCUCCCAGUGAUGGCUUCUUGCCUCAGAUGCCUGUGCUGGAAAAGUGCAUGGACUUUCCAGGCAAAAGGAACCUCCACAGCAGCCCGAUGCUCACCCAGCCAGAGUUCUCCAGCCAUGACUCCAUCACAGAUGCCAUCGAAGCAGUGGUACACCAGGCCCGGGCACAGCCCAAUCCACAGACCCCACAGAUGGCUAAACCCUACCCUAAAUAUCAGCCAGAGGAGCAGCUAGAUCGGCCAGUACGGCGAGGCAGGGGAAGCAGAAGGGAUGAACCAGCUUCUCAUUAAGGGUUUCAUUAACAGUGCACUGUGAGUUUGACUUGCACUCCAACCUUUGGAUAAUUUCUAGGCAUUAUGGUUGUCUUUUCUUUUAAUCAGCUCUACUGAACUGUACUUCAUGGGCAUUCUGUGAGAAUCAUGAAUGUGGUCUAAAAAGUGCCCCACUUUCACUUUGUAUAUGCCAUCACCACAAUCUCUCUUUUUUUUUUAAUGGAAAUGUUCUUGUUUUGAGCUUUUUACUCUCCCAAAGCCCAUAAGGAUUUUGAAACAAUGGCUAUAGCCAUGAUCUUACCAGCAAGUGUAAAUGAAAUUUUUUGAAUUUCUAAUACAGUACUGUGCACUUUUGGGGUUUCUUUGCCUUUUUGGUUCUCUCAAGUCAAAGCACAGUGAUUAUGAUAAAGAUCAGUGUCAGGAAACUGGUCAUCUCACACACACACACACACACACACACACACACACACACACACACACUUACUUGCCUGCGCUCAGGUUUGUUCCGGGCAUGAACUAAUGGCAAUACCCUUGAAUUGAAUGAGACUCUUCUACUAUCUCCGAUGGCUAUAGUUUAAUUGUACAUAGAAGCGUAAUCUACAAACAUUACAAAGUGAAAGUAUUUUAGAUUUACCUGUACUGUCACCAUAUCAACUAGAAAACUGUACAAUAUUCAAAUAAUGUUUUAACCAAAUAUUAGACAUAGAUGUGACAUACAAAAGCUUGUGUUCAAAUGCAAAUGAAACCUACAGUAUUUAUUAAUCACACCAUAACGAAGUGGAUGCAUCACAGAUUGAAGGAUUGUAUUCGACAAUGGCAGUGUGUAAAGUCAAACCUUCAAAAAACCAUAGCUAUAUACAUUAUACAAUAUACUCUGUUCAUCAUGCAUGGGACAAAAAAAAAAAAAAAAAAUCCUAUUCUUGCAUUUAAAAGCAACACAGCACUUACUCCAGUCUCCUUAUAUGUAUUACAGAUUAGUAUUACACAUUGUCAGUGAUUAUUUUUAUUUGAAUAACCAACAAUAUCUGGAAAAUAUUUUUAGUAAUAUCCGUUAAUAUCGGUGAUUUCAGUCAGUUGCUUGGCAAACAGAGUAACUGAGUGGCCUUUUCCAGAGUCUAUUUGAGAACGUGCCUGCUCAUAGUAGUAAUAUAAAAAAAAUAUUAUUACUUUAUUACUUAUAAAGUAAUAAAAUAUAUUGACAUAAUGGUCAGUAUUAGAUAUCCACACAACCAAAGGAUCAGUCGUGUUGUAGUUCAUAUUAUAGGUGGAUUUUGGUUUAGGUGCUUGUAGAAAGUGUAACAGGUGGAAAUGUGUGGAUCCGAGAUGUUAGACUUCAUUACUGUAUACAGCUUAGCAUCUGAAACCAGGCUUCAGUAUAGUGCAGUGGUUCUACGCUCUUUUAGAAAUGUAUAUUCAACUGGUCGUAAUGCAGAAAGCGCUGUCGUGUGGUUUAUUUCUCAGUUGUUUCAUAUAUGUGCCUUAUGUUUGUCAAUAAGUCCAUAACAUUUCAGCUACAGGGAACUAUGAAUGGCAAGAAAUAAUGCUUAAAUUACACAUAUAUUAUUAGUAUCUACACAUGGUCAUGAAUGUACAUAUGCCUGCUCUUUUCUCCUGCUCCUUAGAUCGGUUAUUGUUUAGACGCACAUACGCAGAUAAGAUCAGACGAGUCAUAUUAAAAUGAUCUGCUUUCUAGGUAGCUUGCUGAUGUGAGAUAUUGAUGUUGAUCAACGGUAUUGAUUUGAAUCAGGAUGGUCUGUGUGUCAAACUGUCAAAGGUCAAACUGUUCUCGCGACAAUUCAAACAAGACCACAGUACAUACAAAAAAACAGGUACAAAACGUCCAAACAAAUGUUCCAGCACCAGUUAAGAGUUAUCACGGCACGUGCGUUCUAAAUUACUAUGCAUCGGGUUCUACCUGCAAAUUGACAGAAGAAAUGACUUUUUACAUUGGGUUUUUUUUGGUUCCCCCCCCC